GGGUUGUAAUAUUAGUCCACUAUCUGAUACAUUAUUUCAAAAGGCAUCAGGUUUGUGUGCAAAUGCACGGCUAAAAUAAUGCGUGAUAUUCGAUUAAAUAUUUGCAGCGUUUGUGCAUUGAAGGCGGAUACCGAUGACAUUUAAAGCGUUUAAGGUGUGAACUACAUGACAUGGCGGAGUAAUAACUAAUGCGCUCUAAGCUUUUUCCUUUUAGAGAAAUUGCUCGGAGUUUUGGAAAUAGAGGAGGUUGAGCCAAGGUGGACCGGGCUGAAGAGUCCUAGGGGCAGCAUCACUUUUGAAAGUUUACGCUGGUGGUUUCAAACAGACGCCAAUUUCGCAAUGUCCUCAUUUUUGCUGCUUGUUUACCUUUUGGGUGGUUGGGUUGCAUGAGCUGUGCGGUAAUUUUACUAACACACGCGCUCCAGCAGUCGGCUGGCGAUUUCUGAGACCGGGUCCUCUAAAUAGAAUGUUACCAAGCCAGGCUGGAUCAGCACCAUCUGGAAACGGAUCAGCGUCUGUCAGUGGUAACACAGGUCACGGUUCUGUGGUUAUUGGGAGUGGAAUUCGCCCCGUGUUGGUCAGAGCAGUGCAGACGACAACUGGGGUCAGCGACAGCACCGGUGCGGUUGGGAUGUUGGGGGGCAACGGUCCAGAAGUGGGUCCAAGAGGUGGGACAAGACCAGUGAGCGGGACGGGACUGACGACUCUACAGACCGCCGGCCAGGGAGGCAUCGGAAGUCUGAAUACGGGAGUUGGGGUUCACGGAGGGAGCCGGUACGACACAGACAAAAAGUGUGCGCCCAUGGGGUGCAGUGGGUCAGACGCUGAUUCGGACUCGGGGGAUGAUGACGACAUGAUGGGAUCAAUCAGAGACAACAGAAGAGGUGUAAAGCGGGAGAGACUGGACAUGGAGGCUGCGGUGACAGGGCAGGGGACUGGGGUACCACCUGGGGCUUAUGGUUUAGUCCCCGGAGGUGUUGCUGGCGCAAAACCGGGGAAGAAGACACGUGGACGUGUAAAGAUAAAAAUGGAAUUUAUCGACAACAAGUUGAGACGAUACACAACUUUUAGUAAGAGGAAGACAGGCAUAAUGAAGAAGGCUUAUGAGCUCUCCACGUUGACAGGAACCCAGGUCCUGCUACUGGUGGCCAGCGAGACGGGCCACGUCUACACGUUCGCCACGCGGAAGCUCCAGCCCAUGAUCACCAGCGAGACAGGCAAGGCCCUCAUCCAGACGUGCCUCAACUCUCCGGACUCCCCGCCCCGCAACGACCCCUCCACUGACCAGCGUAUGAGCGCCACAGGCUUCGAGGAGACGGACCUUACCUACCAGGUGUCUGAGUCGGAGAGCCUUGGGGAGACCAAGGACCAGCUAAAGCCUGCGUUCACGGUGGCCAGCCUCCCGGGCACCACCAGUACCCACACGCCCACGGCCCCCACCACCUCUACCAGCAUGCAGGUAAGCAGCGGGCCCUCCUUCCCAAUUACCAACUACUUGGCGCCCGUCUCGGCCAGCAGCAACGUCAAUGCCAACGGCACCAUUCUCAAGACCACCGGUGCCUCCGGAGGGCAGGUCAUGCAGCUGCCCAGCGGCUUCACCUUCAUGUCAGCAGGCACUUCGCUCCCCCCCGGCACACCCACCAUUCCUCUUAGCCAGCUGCACCAGCACUCCUUGGCCAUCCAGGGGCAGACGCUCACCUCAUCGCAACUGACACAGCAGGGCCAGCAGGCCGUCUUCCGCUUCCCCACUGCAGUCUCCCUAGGGGGAGGGAUGACCCAGCAGCUGCAGGCCAUCCAGGUGCACCCCACCACACAUGCCAACGACAGCAGCUCGGAGAUAUCCCAGACCUCCUCUGUCUCCAAUGCGACCAUUGUCACAUCGUCAGUGCCCACAUCUAUGGCGGGUCACAUGAUGUACACCAGCCCCCAUACAGUGAUGUAUGCGUCCACACCCACGCUGGCCGAUGGUGGCCUGGCUGUGCUCAAUACCUUUUCCCAGGGCCCCUCGGCCAUGCAGGUGUCCCAUGGACAAUGCCAGGACACAGGUGAGACCACGCUAGACUACAGUAGGCUACGCUGGGACACAGGUGCUGUCCCUCAGGUAUUCCUUACGGCACCCUCGGGCACCAUGCAGAUCCCAGUCUCGGCAGUGCAGCUACACCCAAUGGUGAUUAGUCAGAAGUCAAGCUACAGCAGCAGUAACCUGACAGAGCUGCAGAUGGUCAACCUGGACACCACACAGAGCGCUAAGAACGACUGACAGAGAAACGCAUGAAAACCGGCCAAAUAGACAAAGACUCUCUAUUUAUUGAUGCCUUAGCACUUCAUUUUACACCUCUGUUGCUUUACAGUAGAAUACUGUAAGUAAACAGUCCAUUCGGAAAGUAUUCAGACCCCUUGACUUGUUCCACAUUUUGUUACAUUACAGCCUUAUUCUAUAAUUGAUUCAAUUGUUGUUGUUUUUUCUCUUCAAUCUACACACAAUAGCCCACAAUGACAAAGCAAAAACAGGAUUUUAGAAAUGGUUACACAUGUAUUACAAAUUAAAAACUGAAAUAUCCAAA